UGGUCGCACCAGUGCGCACCCAUUGCCGAUUCAGUCAGAUACCGCCGAUAUACUCGAUAUUUGAAAAUUAUCUGCGGCAGAGCAAACUGCCGCACGUGUGGCUCUGCAUUUCGGUUGCAUUCUAGCCAAAGGCUAAGGUUUGAAGUGGAAAAAUAUUCGAAAUGGGUUGCGCAACGGGCACAAUAAAGUACUCGCUGUUCCUGUUUAAUGCCUUAUGGGCGAUACUGGGCAUCUUGGUGCUUAUUUUUGGCGGCCUCGGCUGGGGAGCAAUGCCGGAUGCGUAUGCCAUCGGUAUCUUGGUUCUGGGCGGUAUUAUCCUGGUUAUAUCCCUGUUUGGAUGCUGCGGAGCCGUUCGCGAAUCGCCGCGCAUGCUCUGGACGUAUGUGUCACUGCUGCUGGUUUUGCUACUACUUAUAGUGGCCUUUAUCAUCCUGAAUCCCAAAGAUGUCUUUAAGAAGUACGCCCUUCAGACGGUCGAGAAUCAGUGGGAGCGGGAGCAGACAAAGCCUGGCAGUAUGGAUAUUAUUCAGAAGACGUACAAUUGCUGUGGCCGCGACAGUGCCCAAGACUACUUGGAUAUCAAAUUCUGGAACAACACCGUUCCAAAUAGUUGUUGCAAGGACGACAGCUGUGUGAAUCCCCUGAAUCUCUACCUGCGGGGCUGCCUUGGCACAGUGGAGGAGGCUUUUGCAGAUGAGGCAUCCACUCUGGGAUAUUUGGAGUGGGGUCUGCUCGGAUUCAACGCUGCCAUACUUUUGCUGGCCAUCAUCUUGGCCAUUCACUACACCAACCGACGGAGACGAUAUAACUAUUAGUGAAUAGUUACCCAUUAAGAAACCAAACUCCUCUUUUUUAAGCGUCACCAAUGUACUGUUUGUUUUUUGAUACGAAAGCACAGCGUUAUUGAAUUUUAAAAUAAUUUGUACAUGAUUAUAAGUACCACCCAAGUGUUGUUUUUAAAUA